CUAAAAUCAAAGAUCGUUGGUUUGGGAAGUGUAGGUGGCGGUGGUGCUCUCUCGCUAUCUGAAAAACUCUGGGCGGAGAGCUACAGCAUCGGAUUGAUUGACAGGCGGCGUCUUUACCUCGGCAAUCACCACCGGGUUGUGGAAACGAUUUCCAAGGACAAGACCCAGAUGGUGAGAUGCCCUUCUUCAUUUCAAUUGAUCUCUCUUCCUGCUUAACUCGACGACAGCAACAAUACCAAACCGACCGACUCACUUCGUUUCUUCUCAUUCUGCUUCUUCACAAACUCUCCUUGUUCGAUGAUGGGUAUCAGCCUUUUGCUCAAUAACAUCUUAGCUUUGUCACCAGCUUCCCAAUCACAUUUUGUCUUCUGGAGAGCCAUCCAAGCUUUGCCCGUCUUUGAACUAGCUUCAAUUUGCCUGGAUUUGACACUUCUUCUCGUGUUUCUUUUCAUAAUUUCUGCAAGGCAGAUAUUUGUCUGUGUUGGUCGAAUUGACUUUGCUAAGGAUGAUUCCGUUGCCAAUUCGAACCAAAUUAGACGCAGUGUUAGUGUUGAUGGAGACAUUCGUGAGGUUGUUGUUGGUACUGGGUUCAAAUUGACGGUGCUUUGUUGUUUCUAUGUGUUGCUUGUGCAAGUUGGGGUGCUUGGUUUUGAUGGGGUUGGUUUGGAGACACAGGCUGUUGAUGGAACGGUUGUGGAUUGGUCUGUUAUCUUCUUGCCCACGGUACAGGGUUUAGCUUGGUUUCUAUUGAGCUUUUCAGCUCUUCAUUGCAAAUUUAAGGUGUCUGAGAAAUUCCCACUGGUGUUGAGGAUAUGGUGGUUUGUUUCCUUUGUCAUUUGUCUGUGCACUUUGUAUGUGGACUGGAGAGCAUUUGUUGUAGAAGGUUCAAACCACUUGUCUUCUCAUGUUGUGGCAAAUUUUGCCGAAACCCCAGCUCUAGCAUUUCUUUGCUUUAUUGCAGUUAGAGGUGUGACUGGCAUUCAAGUCCGCAGAAACUCUGAUCUUCAGGAGCCACUGCUUCAUGAGGAAGAGGCAGAUAGUCUUAAGGUUACGCCUUAUAGUGAUGCUGGGCUCUUGAGCUUGGCCACUCUUUCUUGGCUAAAUACACUUCUUUCUGUUGGAGCAAAGAGACCGCUUGAGCUUAAGGACAUUCCUCUUCUUGCACCAAAAGAUCGAGCCAAGACUAAUUAUAAGGUUUUGAAUUCAAACUGGGAAAAAUUGAAGGCAGAAAACCCUUCAAAGCAUCCAUCUUUAGCUUGGGCAAUUUUGAAGUCCUUUUGGAAGGAAGCAGCUUGUAAUGCAGUCUUUGCUGGGUUGAACACACUUGUUUCGUAUGUGGGCCCAUACAUGAUUAGUUACUUUGUUGAUUAUUUAGGAGGAAAAGAGACUUUCCCUCAUGAAGGAUAUGUUCUUGCUGGAAUUUUUUUCACUUCCAAGCUUGUGGAGACCCUAACAACCCGACAAUGGUACCUUGGGGUUGACAUUUUGGGUAUGCAUGUGAGAUCAGCUCUAACAGCAAUGGUAUACCAAAAGGGACUAAAGCUUUCAAGCUUGGCCAAACAAAGUCACACCAGUGGAGAAAUUGUUAAUUACAUGGCAGUUGAUGUUCAGCGAGUAGGUGACUACUCUUGGUAUCUUCACGACAUAUGGAUGCUUCCUCUGCAAAUAAUUCUUGCCCUUGUGAUUUUGUAUAAGAAUGUUGGAAUAGCUUCUGUUGCUACGUUAAUUGCAACUAUUGUAUCCAUCAUUAUUACUGUCCCUUUGGCAAAGGUCCAAGAAGAUUAUCAAGACAAGUUAAUGGCUGCCAAGGAUGAGAGGAUGAGAAAAACUUCUGAAUGUUUGAGGAACAUGAGGAUUUUGAAAUUACAAGCUUGGGAGGAUAGGUAUCGGGUGAAAUUGGAGGAGAUGCGUGGUGUGGAGUUCAAGUGGCUUCGUAAAGCCCUAUAUUCUCAGGCAUUUAUUACAUUCAUCUUUUGGAGCUCCCCAAUAUUUGUUGCUGCUGUCACAUUUGCAACCUCUGUACUGUUGGGAGGUCAGCUCACAGCAGGCAGUGUUCUUUCUGCUCUGGCUACCUUUCGUAUCCUUCAAGAACCACUCAGGAAUUUUCCUGAUCUGGUGUCUAUGAUGGCUCAGACAAAGGUUUCUCUUGAUCGAAUUUCUGGAUUCCUGCAGGAGGAAGAACUGCAGGGAGAUGCCACCAUUUUUCUGCCACAGGGCAUGUCAAAUGUAGCCAUAGAAAUUAAGGACGGUGAAUUUUGCUGGGACCCCUCUUCUUCUAGGCCUACAUUGUCUGGAAUACAAAUGAAAGUAGAAAAGGGGAUGCGUGUGGCAGUUUGUGGAAUGGUUGGUUCUGGAAAAUCAAGCUUUCUAUCUUGCAUCCUUGGGGAGAUACCUAAAAUCUCUGGUGAAGUACGAGUUUGUGGUACUUCUGCCUAUGUGUCUCAGUCAGCUUGGAUACAGUCUGGAAAUAUUGAAGAGAAUAUACUUUUUGGCAGUCCUAUGGAUAAACCAAAAUACAAGAAUGUUCUUCAUGCUUGCUCUCUGAAGAAGGACCUGGAACUGUUUUCGCACGGAGAUCAGACCAUCAUCGGUGAUAGGGGUAUAAAUCUGAGUGGUGGUCAGAAACAACGUGUUCAGCUUGCAAGGGCUCUUUAUCAAGAUGGUGACGUAUAUUUACUUGAUGAUCCAUUCAGUGCUGUUGAUGCACACACUGGCUCAGAACUUUUCAAGGAAUACAUAAUGACAGCACUAGCAGGCAAGACUGUCAUUUUUGUGACUCAUCAAGUUGAGUUUCUUCCGGCUGCUGAUUUGAUACUGGUCCUUAGGGAAGGCCACAUCAUACAGGCAGGAAAAUAUGAUGAUCUUUUACAAGCAGGAACUGACUUUAGAACUUUGGUAUCUGCUCAUCAUGAAGCAAUUGAAGCAAUGGACAUCCUAAAUCACUCAUCAGAAGACUCAGAUGAUAAUAUUCACCUUGAUGGGUCAAUUGGACUAAAUAAAAAAUGUGAUGCAUCUGGAAAUGAUAUUGCUAGUUUGGUAAAGGAUGUGCAAGAUGGUGCGUCAGCUUCAGAGCAGAAAGCAAUUAAAGAGAAAAAGAAAACAAAGCGUUCAAGGAAAAAGCAGCUUGUUCAAGAAGAGGAAAGGGUAAAAGGAAGAGUCAGCAUGAAGGUUUACUUGUCAUACAUGGCAGCAGCAUAUAAAGGCUUUUUGAUACCUCUCAUAGUUCUUGCACAGGCAUUAUUUCAGUUUCUUCAAAUAGCUAGUAAUUGGUGGAUGGCUUGGGCAAACCCUCAAACUGAAGGGGACCAAGCGAAAGUCAGCCCUAUGGUGCUCCUUGUUGUAUACAUGGCCCUUGCAUUUGGCAGCUCCUGGUUUAUCUUUGUUAGGGCUGUUCUUGUAGCCACAUUUGGUCUGGCAGCUGCUCAAAAGUUGUUUCUUAAGAUGCUUAAAAGCGUGUUUCAAGCGCCAAUGUCAUUUUUUGAUUCUACUCCAGCUGGGCGGAUCUUGAAUCGUGUUUCUAUUGAUCAAAGUGUGGUGGAUCUUGAUAUUCCUUUUAGACUUGGUGGGUUUGCUUCAACGACAAUACAGCUUCUUGGAAUUGUUGCUGUAAUGACCAAAGUUACCUGGCAAGUUCUGCUCCUUGUUGUUCCAAUGGCUGUUGCUUGCUUGUGGAUGCAGAAAUACUAUAUGGCUUCAUCAAGAGAACUGGUCCGCAUUGUUAGCAUCCAGAAAUCUCCAAUCAUUCAUCUUUUUGGGGAAUCUAUUGCAGGAGCAGCCACAAUAAGAGGUUUUGGGCAAGAAAAGCGCUUCAUGAAGAGGAACCUUUAUCUUCUUGAUUGUUUUGCUCGCCCAUUCUUUUGCAGUAUUGCAGCAAUUGAAUGGCUCUGCCUACGCAUGGAGUUCUUGUCAACCUUUGUGUUUGCUUUUUGCAUGAUUUUACUCGUGAGUUUUCCACAUGGAAGUAUUGAUCCAAGCAUGGCAGGUCUGGCUGUGACAUAUGGUCUUAAUUUAAAUGCACGCCUAUCGCGGUGGAUUCUUAGCUUUUGCAAACUUGAGAAUAAAAUUAUUUCCAUAGAGAGGAUUUAUCAGUACAGCCAAAUUCCAGGUGAAGCCCCACUAGUUAUAGAGGACUCUCAUCCUCCACCCUCCUGGCCAGAAAAUGGUACUAUUGAGUUGAUUGAUUUAAAGGUUCGCUAUGCUGAGAAUCUUCCUGUGGUGCUUCAUGGAGUAACCUGUGCAUUUCCUGGUGGAAAGAAGAUAGGAAUUGUUGGGCGCACUGGAAGUGGUAAAUCUACUUUAAUUCAGGCAUUGUUCCGAUUGAUUGAACCAGCUGGUGGAAGGAUCAUUAUAGACAACAUUGACAUUUCAAAAAUUGGUCUCCAUGACCUUCGCAGUCGUCUUGGUAUCAUUCCCCAGGAUCCUACAUUAUUUGAAGGAACUAUUAGAGGCAAUCUUGAUCCUCUUGAGGAGCAUGCAGAUCAUGAGAUUUGGCAGGCACUUGACAAGUCUCAGCUUGGAGAUAUAGUCCACCAGAAGGAGCAAAAGCUUGAUACACCUGUGUUAGAAAAUGGAGAUAACUGGAGUGUAGGGCAGCGGCAACUUGUUUCCCUGGGCAGGGCUUUGCUUAAGCAGGCAAGAAUAUUGGUGUUGGAUGAAGCAACUGCAUCCGUAGAUACUGCAACCGACAAUCUCAUACAGAAAAUCAUCCGAACAGAGUUUAAGGACUGCACGGUGUGCACCAUUGCUCAUCGUAUUCCAACAGUUAUUGACAGCGAUCUAGUUUUGGUACUAAGUGAUGGUCUGUAGCUGAUCUUUUCCAACAAAAUUGGAGGCACUCGUUCCUAAUUUAUUGUCCCAUUUCUAUACUGUGCUUAUCAAACUUCCUUUUUCUUAUCUUCUCUCUUAUGGGAUAUGUUUCCAGGUCGAGUUACAGAGUUUGAUACUCCAGCACGUCUCUUAGAGGAUAAAUCAUCCAUGUUUCUAAAGCUGGUAACGGAGUAUUCAUCAAGGUCAAGCGGCAUACCAGAAUUUUAACAAAUGGCAUGCCCAACAUUCUAGUCAGAGGCAGCAGGAGCAACAAAAGUAAUCCCAGAAUGAAGUGGCCAACUACUGCUUCUUUCUCUUAGCUUCGCUGCCCUCGGCAAACUCAAGAGACAAACGGAAGGACAAAGGGUGCUAUCAUGUCAUUAAACCAAACCCCCAAGCAGCAGAAGCAAACUUUUCUCAAGGUGAUUUGCAUUAAGCUGUACAGGGAAAGGAAAUUGAUGCAUGGUUGGCAAUCUGGCAUACGUUGUAACGGGAAAAUAAGUCAGAUGGUAAUAAUUACACGAAAAAUGAGCGUAUAUUUUGUUCAAUGAUGUGCAAUAAAUUAGUGCUUAGAUGAAAGCAGGCGUACGGAGUCUAGUUAGGGAAUUUUUAGAGUGAGUGGUAGACUGUUGACACUAAAAAUUUUGUUUUUUCGUCCUGUGGUAGCAUACUUCAGUUAUUGUUGGCUUUUAAAUGAUAAAUUUUGGUUCAUUUCAAUCCUCUCCUUUUAUUUGUUAUCGAAAGCAAUGUAGUCCAUGUUUUUCUUAAGCACAGGAGAAGGUAAUAUAUCUACUUGACCUGG